AUGGACCUGUGUGUAACCAUCAAAGGCGUCUCCUUCCUUUUGCAAACAGGUAUGGGCAUCUUGGGGAACGCCGUGGUUCUGCUGGCUUACGCCCACAUCAUCUUCACCGAGCCCAAGCUGCUUCCUGUGGACAUGAUCCUGUGCCACCUGGCCUUCGCUCACCUCAUGCUGAUGCUGACACGCGGCGUUCCACAGACCUUGACCGUGUUCGGCUACACCGAUUUGUUCAACGACGCGGGCUGCAAGGUGAUCAUUUUCAGCUAUCGUAUCAGUCGGGCGUUGUCAGUGUGCAUCACAUGCAUGCUGAGUGUGUUCCAGGCGGUCACCGUCGCCCCCGCCGGGCCCCGCUUGUCCAAACUGAAGUCAGCACUUCCUUCUUUGGUUCUCCCCACCUUUGCUGGACUCUGGUUGCUCAACUCUGCCAUAUACUUUCAAACCUUUUUUCACGCUAAAGCUCCACGUAAUGGCACCAUCCCCGCUUUUACCAUCAACGUCGGUUUUUGUCAUGUGGACUUCAAAAACAGCCUGACUUACAUCAUAAAAGGGGUAUUAUCAUCCGGAAGGGAUUUUUGCUUUGUGGCGCUAAUGGUGGCCUCCAGCGUUUAUAUCCUACUUCUUCUCCAUCACCACAGUCACCAGAUGAAAGCGAUCCGUCGCUCCCAAGGAGGCGGAGCGGAGACCAGAGCAGCCAAGUCUGUGGUUACUUUAGUGGUCCUGUAUGUCUUAUUCUUUGGCAUCGAUAACAUAAUCUGGAUCUACAUGCUGACUGAAACCAAGGUGUCCCCUGUGGUGGCUGACAUGAGAGUGUUCUUCUCCUCCUGCUAUGCUUCCCUCAGCCCAUACUUCAUUAUCUCCUCCAACAAGAAAAUCAAGACCAAAAUCCUGUGUGCGGUCGAGCAAGACCAACCAGCAUCAAUUGACACUCAGGAGUCACAUGUUAAAUGAUAGCUUUAUUAUAUCAUAGAUAAACACAUCACAAGUAUCUUUAUUAUGCGACUUUUGGUGGUACAAAGCUAGCAACUUUAUUUUGCUGUCUGACUGUUUAAUAUGCAAUAAAGCAUUUAAAUGUAAGGUUUUUUUCAAGCAAGAAAUGACUGUUGGCGUGCACCUAACACAA